AACAUAUCAUAUUUUUUGCAGCCCCCGCUCAUUUCUAGAGCUAAUCUCAUAGAUGCGGCUACUAUUAUCUACUAGAUAUGUCACCGUCCCGAUCUAGAUCACCGGCCUACUGUCCUUGUACACGGCGAAACUGGACUCCAAAAAGGUUACUCUGCGCACCUUUUGGAUAUGGCCCGGACAUUAACCAGACUUGCAUUAACCAGGAUACCGAGACAUGUCAGAAUGGUGCAAGCGAUAACGUUCUUGAUUAGUCUGCAAAGUUUGCGUAGCACGGAUUGAUCUUGCCUUGGACAGCCUGCAAAUUAUAUAG